AUGCCCCGUGGACAAUUAAUCCUUAUAGAAGGACUAGAUAGAUCCGGGAAAUCAACCCAAGCAGCCUACUUAAAUUCCAAACUCCCUUCCUCCGAAUUAAUAAAAUUCCCUGACCGUUCAACUCCAAUUGGUAAAAUCAUUAAUGAAUAUCUCACAGAUAAAUCAUUCAAAUUAUGUGAUCAAUCGGCUCAUUUAUUAUUCCUGGCGAAUAGAUGGGAAUUAAAUCAGCAAAUUCGUGAAUUGUUAAAUCAAGGGAAAUUCGUUGUUUUGGAUAGAUAUAUAUAUUCUGGGAUUGCGUAUACUUUGGCAAAACAUGAUUUCCAAGGACAAGAAGGGGAUGAGAUUGUUUCAAGUGGUGGACCCAGAAGUAAGGAAUUGGGAGAUGUGGAUUGGUUAUUGGGACCGGAUAAGGGGUUACCUAAACCUGAUUUAACUUUAUUUUUGACAUUGGAUCUUGAGGAAAUAAGUAAGAGGAAAGGAUGGGGUGAUGAACGUUAUGAAAUGCAACAAUUUCAAGCAAAAGUGAAAGAAUGUUUCUUAAAAAUAUUAACUGCUGAACAAGAUCCAACUAUACAGAUUGUAGAUGUUGGUGGGAAAGAUAUAAAUCAAGUAUCUGAAUUAUUAUGGGAAAUCAUUACAUCAAAGGGACAUGAUAAAUUAAUUGAUGAACCUAUACACUUAAUCUAA